GACUGUAUUUUAUAUUGUUAAUUCUUAGUGAUAAUCUCACAUGUGGACAUAGAUGUUUGCAAUUUUGUGUUUCUCUUACAUUACCUACAUGUCGUUCUUGUGAAUUUCAUCGCUGUGAUCGAUUUCGGUUAUUCCAAGGCCAUGCGUUUGGAGUUAGUGCUUUCUACUGUGGCAACACAAUCUUGAUACUGUCAUAUCCUGAAGGGGGUUACAUGCUGUGUAGAAUUGCAUGCAUAAUUGGUUUGACUUAGUGGUUGACCAUUAAAGUUGAGCACUUUUUUAUCAAUGAAAAGUCUAUACCGAAGUGGUUUACUCAAGAAGUCAAAUGAUAAUGGGAGACUCGUUGCAAUUACAAUCAUGGCAACAAUCUUUGGAUACUUCAUUGGUGUUUCUUUUCCAUAUAUUUCUUUUACUAAGAUUAACUUCCCUCCAAGCAUUCGUUCACCCUUUGAUACAACAAUGCAUGGAGAUAACUCAAAAGCUCAAGAACGCAGUUUCCCUGAAAAUCUUGGUUCAUCUAAUACACCUGAACUACCUAAGAUAUAUGUUCCAACAAAUCCUCAUGGAGCAGAAUCGUUGCCUCCAGCAAUUGUAGUUACAGAGACUGAUUAUUAUUUGAGAAGAUUAUGGGGUGAACCCUCAGAGGAUUUGAAGAAGAAGCCAAGGUAUUUGGUAACUUUCACUGUUGGUUGGGAUCAGAGGGAUAAUAUAGAUGCAUCAGUAAAAAAGUUUUCGGAUGAUUUCCAAAUCAUGCUUUUUCACUAUGAUGGGAAAACAACAGAAUGGGAUCAAUACGAAUGGGCAAAAAAGGCAAUUCAUGUCAGCAUAAGGAAACAAUCCAAAUGGUGGUAUGCAAAGCGAUUUUUGCAUCCAGAUAUCGUAUCAUCAUACGAUUACAUUUUCAUUUGGGAUGAAGAUCUUGGUGUUGAACACUUCAAUGGGGACAAAUAUAUACAAUUAGUUAAAAAACACCGUUUAGAAAUUUCUCAACCUGGCCUUGAACCCAAUGAGGGAUUAACCUGGGAAAUGACUAAAAGAAGAGGCGAUAAAGAAGUUCACAAAGUCACAGAUGAAAAACCAGGAUGGUGCAGCGAUCCACAUCUACCCCCAUGUGCAGCAUUUGUGGAGAUUAUGGCGCCUGUAUUUUCUCGUGAUGCGUGGCGAUGUGUGUGGUAUAUGAUUCAGAAUGACUUGGUGCAUGGAUGGGGUUUGGAUUUUGCACUUAGAAGAUGUGUAGAGCCUGCACAUGAAAAAAUCGGUGUGGUUGAUUCGCAAUGGAUCUUGCAUCAACAUAUUCCUUCAUUAGGGGGGCAGGGUGAGUAUGAGAAGGGAAAAGCUCCAUGGGAAGGGGUAAAAGAUAGGUGCAAAAAUGAGUGGGCACUAUUUCAAGAUCGACUUGUGAGUGCUGAUAAAGCUUACUUGAAGCAGAAUAGGACUAAACUUUGAUUUUAUUUUUAUUUUUAAAUUUUGGUGGGCUAAUCAUUUUUGUACAAUAGACAAUGAUGUUUUUAGCUUUUGUACAUAUAUAAAAAAAAUACCAAAUACUUAAUUAAA